AUGAGAGAUCUAUGGGAUGAAUUUGAUGUUUUAGUACCAUAUUCUUCUUGUGAAUGUGAUGAAGCUAAGUCCUACAUAGAUUACUUACACCAGCAAAGACUUUUGAUGUUCUUAAUGGGACAGAAUGAAUCAUUUAGCCAUGUGCGUAGUGAUAUUUUAUUAAAAAUUGAGACACCUAGUGUGAACCAGGCAUAUGCCACUGUUGUACAAGAGGAAAGCCAAAGAGUGUUAGGAGUGCUCGAUUCGGGUAAAGAUACACUCACAAUGAUGGUAGGAAAGACACAAACUUUAGAGGAAAGAAACCAGCAUUUGAAGCAGCAGCUUGUUCAACCUAGUGUUUAUGAGUGGAUCAUUGAUUCAGGGGUAACUCAUUAUGUUACUUCCUGUAAAGAAUUACUAAAUGACCUAAAACAGUUGGUACGCCAAAGUGCAAAUACAGUCCAAUUGCCAACAGGUAACAAAGCUAAGAUAAGAAGCAUAUGGGACUCUAUUAUUUUGGGAAAUUUGACAGUAAAGAAUGUCCUGCAUGUUCCUGAUUUCAAAUUCAAUCUCCUUUCAGUUGCAAAGCUUACUAAGGACCUAUCAUGCGGUGUUAGUUUCUUUCUUAACUUUUGUGUAUUGCAGGGUCUUUACAGUGGCAAAGUGAUUGGGAUUGAUAGAGAAGAUAAAGGCCUAUAUGUGCUGAAAGAUGAAAUAAAGGCAGUAGUUGGUGGAGCAAUAAAAGACAUUAAUAACACUGAUUUGUGGCAUAUGAGGCUUGGACAUCCAUCCCUCAAGGCUAUGCAAUGCAUUUCAGCACUCAAGGAACUUGUACACACUAGUACUCACCAUGACUGUCAAACUUGUCCUAUAGCUAAGCAAGGUAGAAUAGCUUUUCCUGAUAGUCAUAGUAGAUCCACUUCUUCCUUCCAAUUUAUACAUGUUGAUGUUUGGGGUCCAUAUAAGAACGGGGUAGUAGAGAGAAAACAUAGGCAUAUAUUGAACACUACAAGGGCUUUGAGGUUCCAGAGUGGGAUCCCUAUCAGAUUCUGGGGUCAUUGUGUUAAAACAACUACUUAUCUUAUCAACAAGAUUCCAAGUGCAGUUUUGCUUGGUAAGUCAGCAUAUGAGUUGUUGUAUGGAAAGGAGCCUAAGAUAGAUCACCUAAGAGUGUUUGGUUGUUUGUGCUUUGCAUCAGUACUACCUAGAGUAGAUAAAUUUGCCCCUAGAGCUAAAAAGACUGUCUUGAUGGGGUAUUCAGAAACUCAAAAGGGUUACAGACUUUUAGACCUUGAAAGUAAUCUCUUCUUGGUCAGCAGAGAUGUUACUUUUAUGGAACAUGGGUUUUCUUUCAAAGAACCCAUUCUUUCUUUGGAUUUGCUACCUCAUCCACAAAAUACUCCUAUCUCAGACUAUUUCAUGCCUGAGCAACAGUCAUCUGGUGCUGCUGCACAUCCAUAA